GAUAAUGAUAAUAUAAUUAAUGAGCAAGAUAAUUUUGAAGAAGAAAGCUCUACUUUAACUAGAUUGCUAGUUUUUUUACCACCUAAUAUGACAAGCCAUCUUCAACUUUUGGAUGCAGGGGUUAUUGCAAGUUUUAAAGCUCACUAUAAACAAAUUUAUUGUCGUUAUAUUUUAGAUCUUUUUGAAGAUAAAACUAUAAUUAAUUGUUGGAGAAAAACAGGUAUAUUACCUACAGUUACUGAAAAUGAUAUAUUUGAUGCAAUGCAAAUUCAGCAAGAUACUUUAACUCAUGAAAAAGAAAGUACUAAUCAAAUAAUCGUAGAUAAUUUAAAUCAUAAUAAUCCUUAUGCUAAUUCAUUAGUAGAUGCAUUGAAUAAUUUUUUUUAUA